AGCAGAUCCUCCGCAGCUGUGAGUCCACCUGACACCCAGCGCAGCGCAGCAGAGGCGGACAGACAGCCGGCUUCACGUCACCGCAGACCGCGUCCUGAAGGGGCAUGGGGGGGCACCUCGCCCGCUAGCUAACCCGAAUACAUAACCUCGUAGCGGAAGGCGCACGGCCGGCGGUCCCCGAUCAUGGUGUCGUGGAUCAUUUCGAGGAUAGUCGUCCUCGCCUUUGGGACGCUCUACCCAGCAUACUCCUCAUACAAGGCUGUCAAGACGAAGAACGUCAAGGAAUAUGUGAAGUGGAUGAUGUACUGGAUAGUAUUUGCGUUGUUCACCACAGCAGAGACAGCCACAGACCUGCUCCUAUCAUGGUUUCCAUUUUACUUUGAGCUAAAGAUCGCCUUCGUGAUCUGGCUCCUGUCUCCAUACACCAAAGGCUCCAGUGUCCUCUAUCGCAAGUUUGUCCACCCAACCCUGUCCAACAAAGAGAAGGAGAUUGAUGAGUAUAUAGCACAGGCCAAAGACAGGAGUUACGAUACCAUGAUGAGGUUUGGAAAACGGGGUCUCAACCUGGCUGCUAAUGCUGCUGUCACUGCAGCCACCAAGGGGCAGGGUGUGCUGUCAGACAAGCUGCGGAGUUUCAGCAUGCAGGACCUGACUCUCAUCAAUGCUGAGGAUGAGCUGGCUCUGCACACAUCAGAUGCCCGCAUGAGACGGGACACCAUGGACGAGAUGAGCUCAGGGGCCAGCACGCUGCCCCGGGCCAAGAGCACUGCUACACGGCAGACCCGCUCUUUGGCAGCCACGUCUCUUGCAGCCACGUCUCUUGCUGAUGACACGUCAUCCCAACACAGCUCUGACCAAUCAGACACAAGGACUGAGCACUCUGAUGAAGAUGCUGGAGACAAACCCCCGAAACGAGGGACCAGUGUCAAGGCAACCAAGAAACCUCCUGCUGCUAAGACAGAGACUCAAAGUAAGACGGUGAAGAAACCGACAAAGAAAAAGACCACGACCAUUAAUGCAGAGACACCACCAUGAGGCCUGAGCAUCCAGCGGCCUACACUCUCCACCCACAGCCUGCAGACGGCUCUUCUGUUUCGUCUCCACACGAACACAUACCCACCAUAUGUAUGUAUAAUAUCAAUCACCAAAAUUGCAUUGCUCUUGCUGGUUUUUAGAGCAAAAUACAGAUUUAGUUUUUAUCCAUAUGAGGCCACCUUUAUGUGGGAACGGUUCUUUUACUUUUACUGGGUUGCUGCAUUUUUCCAUCUCACUCAGAUUUAACAGUCGGAUAUUUCUCAGACAUCUUUUUAUUUUGAAGAUUAUUAGUCAAUCUAAUCAUCAAGGCUAACGUUUCCCUUUUUAACCUGUAGUCAUCUAUGUACGUCCCCGUAAUAGACAAUAUGAACUGGCCAUUUGCAGUUUUUCAUUCUAUUUUUUCAUGUUACUAUUUCAUGUUGUGUAUCGACAUUCUGGAUUCAAGCUGUUUUUGUUGAAGCAUGUCUAGUAAAUGGUUACGUUCUUCACUCCUACUUCCCUAGUUUUGGUUUGGGUCUCCUCUGUGACCUCUAGAAACUGGUUCCAGUUGAAGAGCAAAUCAACAAAUGUUGACCACACCAUGAUGGUAGAAAUCAUCAGAAACAUCUCGUCUUUUAACCAGGUUUGAUUUUAAGACCCUGAAUUUACCAAUAGUUGUAGACAUCCUUAAUAAUCCUGUGUGAGACCUCAUCAUUCACACUUUUGACUACAGCUUAGGUCAUAGUAGCUACCAAUCAGCAACUACCAUGUCCUAUAAUGAAACAGUCUAGUUAUACAGGAUUAUUUAUGAUCAAACCUGUCUUGGUUCUCUCUCUUUUUAAAAUUUUUAAAAAUGUUAUUUGAACCUUUUUGACCUUAGACCUAACUGCUUGUGUUAGCGUUUAAAGUUCAGUAAACCUCUGAGUGAGCUCUGUUAUGUUCACGUCUCACUUGUGUGUCAACUUUCUUCCUCACUGCUGAUGACUUCGAUGUCAUGUUCAGUGCUGGUCAUGGGAGUAGUUUGUUUAGUGUUGGCUUAGUUAUCCUUCAUCUAGACAUCCCCCUCUUGGGGUGUGAUUUACUCAUGAUCAUUUAUUUGUUAUACUUCUGUUUUAUCCAGUUCUGUGCGUCAGGUAAUAUUGGCAAUGGAUAUAAUCUGCUGUGCAUAUCCAGGCUUCGUGUGGUGACGCUUUAACUGAGUGAUGAUGGCGCUCUCUCCCAAUUAAAUACAGUGGUCACGGACGAGUUGUCAGUGUUUGUGAGGUAACAUCUGCUUUCCGUGGCGUCUCUAAUAUUGUUUGUAUGGUGACACGUUACCUCAUUAUAAAAGCGGGAUAAAGCAUUAUAGAGAUAAUUCAACCAAAAGAGAGACUGAGAAUUAUUUUCUUCUUCCCAUGCUGUUUCGUGUGUGUGUGUGUGUGUGUGUGUGUGUGUGUGUGUGUGUGUGUGUGUGUGUGUGUGUGUGUGUGUGUGUGUGUGUGUGUGUGUGUGUGUGUGUGUGUGUGUGUGUGUGUGUGUGUGUGUGUGUGUGUGUGUGUGUGUGGCGGCAUACCAGGCUGUGUGAGUUUCUAAACACCGUGGACUUUAGUUCUGUUAUGAGCUCUUUCUUCUGACUGCUCUGGAAUGGGAGAUUUAAAUAGCAUGACACCACCACUUCUGCACUUGUUACUGCUGUCUGCAGUGUGACACUAGUAAGAACCAAUAGGGGGUGACAAACUCCAACUCAACUGUUGGCUAAGUUACUUAACAAGAUGUAAACACAAUGUAAAUAGGAAACGUAACUGUAUAUAGAGUUAGAGCUUGCUUGCCCUAUGCCGGCUGACAUCCAUUUAAUUUCUUCAUAAUUUGUGGGCUCUUGUUUAAAAUUCUUAGUCUUAACAAAUCGUAUGUUCUGAGACCAGAGAACGCUCGUAAACAUCUGGUGUUGGACGUGAUUGUUUUUCUUUUGUGUUUUUAAUAAAGAAGUUCACUUUUCUUUUCACAUGAAAGCACAUGAACUCUUCUCCAUCACAAAGUAGAUGAUCUCCAGACUGAGUCUAAACUGAGGUUUGUGUUCACUUCCUGCUAUGUUCUCUACUCAGUCUGGUCAUAACGUGUUUUAAGGCCAUAAGUUCUUAGUUUAAUGUUUACGCUAUCAAAAGUAAACAAUGUCUUAUCAAGAUACCACUUAACCUUUUUUUCCAGUGUCACAUUUGGAUAUUUAUUGUUGAUUAUUUUCUAUUUAAAAUCAGUAUUGUAUACAGGGAAGUUCAUAUAUUGUUUGUGCCAAUUCUCAAAGCUCCAUGUCAAAAAGGAUAUUGGUAUGUGUGCUGGGACAAUGGUUUAACAAGGUCAUGUAUCAGUACUAAAACUACUAAUAAAGGAAAUAAAAUCUU